AUUAUGUUAAGGUUUUGUUGACAUGUGUGUUCAACAUAUUAAAUCACCAAAGGAUUUCGCAAAAACGAAAGUACGUAUUCUUAUGAUUAUUUUGAUUUUUUUGUAAGUUGGAAGGAGGGGAAGUUCAAAAUUGUUGCAUUGCGAAGAUAUGAUUGGGCAAGCCAGGUACAGUUUUGUGUAUACGCACGCGCUGUCCACAAUUUUUGCCAGGAUUGAAGGUUUGCUUGGCGAAAAUACCCCAUCACAGUAAAGCCCUCGAUCCGCAACCACAAGCCCGGGUCCUCAUCAGUGAAUAAUAUAUUACUUGUUUUAACUUAAACUUCGAGUAGAAUGAAAAUGAUUUCAAUACGAAUUCUUUACUUUAGGUUGAACAUACAUAUAAUGGAGCAUUAGAUACAGAACUGGCGCAAGCCAUGUACGAGUGUGAUGCUGAUGUAAGUCAAUAUAAUAGGAUACGAUUAAGAUUUUGACGGAUGGAGUGUACUGAAAACCACCAAACCGUGCAUUUUUGUACUAUACGUUUUCUUCCAUUGCACGGCUGAGCGUGCUGGAACGCGAUUAUUCCAUAUCACGUGAUCAUAAUCAGCCAAUUUGAAUGACCAGAAUAGACCUUUAUAAAAAGGUUGACGUCAGCAGGCUUGUGACGUAGUUUGCGGAGAAAAUCCCGAAAGCUCAGAGUUGUUUACUUGUUUUGAGUUUUUUUUAAAGCCAAAAGAAGUCUGUAUUAUGGUAAGUUUGAAGUAAAUUUUUCUAUAUAUAUAUAUAGGCCAAAUGAGUUUUCAUAUUCGUCGUAUAAAUUUUAUUUGUUUUUAUAUUAGAUUGUACAUUAUUUUACUGUCAUGAACAUUUAGCAAAUUGUUCGCUCGGUUUUCUUUUCUCUUUCUCAAAUUCAUCAGUGUAAACAGCUCCGCUUUCGUUUCUGAAGAUUUAAACUGUAAAUCCGAAAUUUUGAGUUAUUUUUGGUAGCUUUUUCAAUAUCCUUGCCAAUUGUUGACCCGGAUAUGUCCUUUUCUGUCAACUAUAUAUCGAUAAAAAUAAUAGACUUAUCAUAAUUAUCUUAAUACGAGUCAUUGUGUACAGGAUGUACUCAGAGUCUAAGUUCACUUAUGUACCUCUUUGCAUGAUCACUGAGCCUGCGUAUCGCUGUCUACAGCUUGAUUGGGGCCACUCUGAUGAUUAGACUGAUGAAUUUGAAAAACAAAAAAGAAAAAUUAUACUUUUUAGCAACGAAAUAUAUGUAAACAAACCGAGCGAACAAUUUGCUAAAUGUUCAUGACAGUAAAAUAGUGUACAAUAUGAUAUAAAAACAAAUAAUAUUUAAACUACGACGAAUAUGAAAACUCAUUUGGCCUAUAUAUAGAAAAAUUUGCUUCAAACUUACCAUAAUACAGGCUUCUUUUGGCUUUUAAAAAAACUCAAAACAAGUAAACAACUCUGAGCUUUCGGGCUUUCGGGAGUAGAACCAAGAAAUUUCUCAGACCCACGUGAAAUUGUUAUCCUCACUGCCUGGCAAGUGCUUGGAUCGCCGAAUAUGGACGAUUUAUGUGAGAAUGGACGAUGUUUUUAUCUUCGAGCUUGUGUAUGACGCGGUUAUACUUGAAAAAUAAGAUUACAAACAUUGGCGUUUCUUGGUUUUAUGGGGUUAGUUUUUUCCAAAAAGAAUGGUCUGUAUGUUGGAAGAAAAAAGAGUCUGUCUAUGGCAGAACCAAGUUCAAUCUUUGUCAUCUGUAGCAUCUUUUAUAUUUUAUUCCAGUAGUAGUUUAUAUUAUUAAACGCCAAAUGAUUUUAUGUGAGCCAGCGGUUCUCAUAAUCAUGUAUGGAAAGGUCUGGCCUUAUUAGCAUGAGUCCUAAAACUGUUUAUCCUUACAUGCAAACAUCGUAGCGCUGACGAACAGAUUCUUUAAAUUUUGCCUCGUUUAGGGUCCACUGAUGAUUCAUACAACAAAACAAUAUCCAUCCCGUGAUGCAACAGCAUUCCAUGUUUUAGGAAGAGUAUUAAGUGGCACAGGUAAGCUACCGCAGUACUUGUAUUGUUUCAAAGCUAAUCAACUCAGAACCUUUUAGCCAUCUGCAUGAAAAAAAUCGCUAAGAAAAUAUGGAAGUGGUUUUAUCAAAUCGAUGCCUAUUUCAGUUCAUAUAUUGAAUUUUCAAGACGGCAUUUUUCUUCUGGAUGGCCAGAUUUAUGACGGAAGAUUUGUCAGCACGAACUUGGCCAACUGACAACUCGUCUGUGUAUAAACGCGCGCAAACAGACGGAUCAUCUGCGUCAAGACAUCUGCCAUUUAUGUGUUGUUUCACGUUGUUUUAGUUUAUGCCGGUCAACAAGUGAAAAUUCUUGGAGAAAAUUACACACUUGAAGAUGAGGAAGAUUCAAGGAUAGGAAAUGUAAGUAGAAUUCUUGGAAUCCCGUGGUAGUAUCGUAAUCGUCUACGUGUAUGGAGACAAGCCUCGCGUAAUUCAUGUAAGGCUGUCAGCACGAUUGUGUGCCGUAUAAUGUUUGGUUAAAAUAAAUGCUCUUCUGUUGUUGAUAGAUUGGCAGGCUAUGGAUCCCAGAAGCAAGGUAGGUUCCAUUUUACAGUCAAAUCGGAUGUUCUCUUGCUAGCAAUUACAUUGCAAUAAUGUGCCACAAUAUUGCAAUUUGAUAGGCAGAUUGCUCUGAGCAAUUUGCAAGCGACGCGAACAAAUUGCAAGUUGAAAUUCACAAAAGAUUUGUAAACAAAGCCUCUGAUUGGACUAUUCAAAUUGGACUAUUUAAGCCAAUCAAAUUGUCUGAGCAAUUGGAUUGGAUCUUCCCUUUUACUUAUAGUCCAAUCAGAGACUUUGUUUGCAAAUCGUUUGUCAAUUUCAACUUGCAAUUUGUUCGCGUCGCUUUGCAAUUUGUUCGCGUCAAAUUGCUCAGAGCAAUCUGACUAUCAAAAUUGCAAUAUUGUGGGACAAUAUUGCAAUGUUGCUCGCAAGAGAACAUCCGGUUUGGUUGUAACUCUAUUAUAAUAAAAGUAACAUGCGUUGUGAUGUUGCCAAUAUCGAGCUUGCUCUGUUACCCUAAUUGAAAAAUGAAGAGUCGUUUGCCUUUACAUGAUGCUUAUAUAACAAUUAGUAUUGCAUAAGUUAUUUCAUGUUUUCUCCACUUUCCUGCAUCAGAUACAACAUUGAAGUAAACAGAAUCCCAGCUGGAAACUGGGUGUUAAUUGAGGGCAUUGAUGAACCAAUUGUGAAAACAUCUACUGUAACUCAAGUUGAAGAUAGCGAAGAAGUAUGAUUAUUGUUCUUAAAUACUUUCACGACGUGUGGGAAGACAAGAUUACACGACAUACAACUGAGAGUAAUCAGUGUUUUAUCUGCAGGUGUUCAUCCUUAGAUGCAAACCAAUAAACAUCAAAUUCGUUCUGCACUCAACACAAAUGUUAGAGCUGCUCCCAAUUAUUCGAUUAGUUUUCGUUUUCUCUGCAUUCGAUUGUACUUAACAAUAAUCGGAUAAUCCUGCACAUGAUGAUACUGUAGAUUGAUCCCGAUUUAAGUUUUUUCGAUCCUUAGUAGUGCUAUAACAUGUUGAGUCAUUUGGUCUGCAUAUAUUUUAAAACUUCUUUUCAUGGGCGGUUUUAUUAACUUUUGAAAUUGAAAAAUUUUCAAAAUGGCUUUCUCUGGGUCUACGUUGCCAUCAAAUGUAAACUAAACAUCGUCAUUGUCUUGUCAGUUGUCUACUUGUGUGAAAUCUGCGUGCGCGAGAAAGUGCGCAAUCUUGAGUAAACAAUAAUUACAAACGUAAAUAAAUUAAUCAUAUACGAUUAAUCAAUUGUUAAUAACGAUUAAUCGAUUAUGAAAUUGAACUGAUGGGAGCAGCUCUUAUAAAUUGUUGAAUAAUAAGACACAAAAUUUACGAUGACUCAGGUCUCCAGGAGCGAAUCCUGAACUGUGUGGUGUUGUUUAUGAGCAUUUCAUUUUUCUUGUAUUUCAAUAUUUGUUAUUCUUUCGAAAGGCUCAAAUAUUCCGUCCACUGAAGUUCAAUACAUGUUCUGUGGUGAAGAUAGCUGUAGAACCUCACAACCCUUCAGAACUGCCCAAGAUGCUGGAUGGACUGAGAAAAGUCAACAAAAGUUAUCCACUCCUUACAACAAAGGU